AUGGCUGUCAUUUCUUCUCCUCUCAAGCCUCAUAUUCUCCUCAUCCCCGGAGCAUGGCACCCAGGCUCAACCUUGGACACAUUUGUCCGAUCGUUGGAGGCAGCAGGAUUUUCCGCUGAAGCCGUCUCACUUCGCAGUGUUGGAACUGCAGGCAUCUCUGUGCAAGACGACGAAGCACAAGUGAAAGCUGUGCUCACACUUCUCGUCGAUGAGGGGAGAAAUGUCCUCAUAGUCGCCCAUUCGUACGGGGGCAUGGUGACAUCGGGACUCGUCGCGAACCCUGGUCUAGAUAAAAGGAGCAGAGAAGCGCUGGGAUUGCAGGGGGGCGUCGUUGGCAUUGUGUAUCUGGCGGCUCUUAUGCCUCUGCAGGAUGAGUCGAUCACUCAACUUGGAAAUGGGCAGUUGUCGCCAUAUGUUAAUAGAGACAAGGCCGAAACUGAAGGACUCCUCUACACGCUAGAUGAAGAAGAGACCUUUUACAACGACUGUUCAGCCGAGAUAGCUCGCAGCGCUACGGCGAUGCUAAAGCCACAUUCCGUACGAGCCAUGCAGUCAGCGCCGUCAGCGGUAGGAUGGCAAGACAAGUCCUAUGAUGGUCGCCGCGCGUACAUCCGCUGUCUUAAAGAUAAUGCGCUGCCUGUCAAGAUACAAGAUCACCUUGUUGCUCGAUCGGGAGUCGAGUGGGCGGUAAAGACUCUGGAUUCUUCGCACAGCCCGUUUCUGUCGAUGCCAGAUGAGUUGACGAGGACGCUGGAGGAGAUUAUAGAGGAGUUUGCAAAGAAUUGA